AUGGCUGACGAGGCUCAUUUCGAUGUUGAGGGCAAGAUGCAGAAUAGACCCCCAAGAUCAAGAGGCGACAGGGGACGAGGGAAAGGCGGCGGCGGCGGUCAUGGAAGAGAGGUGCAGGUGUCGAAGGCCCUGUCCAAGCUCUUGAGACAUCAAGCAGCUAAUGCUGGCAUCCAACUUGAUGAUGAAGGCUAUGCGCCCUUGGAUGCUGUGCUCGCCUGGGGCCCUUUGCGAUCUUUAAAGGUCACGUUUGAUGACAUCCAGUCCAUUGUCAAUUCUAACGACAAGCAACGGUUUACACUCAAGCCCAACACCGUCAAGAACCCUUCCCUGGAUACUAAAUCCACCACCCCCGCCGAUUAUCUCAUCCGUGCCAACCAAGGUCACUCCAUCAAGCUUGAGUCGGCCGCUCUUCUGGCGCCCAUGACACUAGAGGGAGGUAACGUCCCUGAGCGUGUCCUUCACGGAUCCUUCUUUUACUUUUGGCCACGCAUCGUCGAGUCCGGCGGCCUCAAGCCCAUGAGUCGUAAUCAUGUCCACUGCUCAACUGGAACGCCCGAGGAAGGCGUCGUUAGCGGGAUGCGUAAGGACGCAGAGCUGAUUAUCGAGAUAGACGUUGAAGCAAGCUUGAAGGGUGGCGUGAAGUGGUGGCUGAGUGACAAUGGAGUGUUGCUGACGGAAGGCGACGAACAAGGGGUUUUGAGCACCAAGUACUUCAAGUUGGUGACAGGUCGCAAGGUUGAUGUUGGGGUACUGUGGCAAGACGGUCAGUGGAUUUCUGAUCUACCAGCUGGGUUGAAGAUAAGUCCCCCGUUUGGAAAGGGUCCUCGACAGGGUGGAGGAAGGGGAGAUAGACGUUGA